AUAUAUAUAUAUAGUAUCAUCUGUUGGUGUCUUUUGUAUACUAUUACAUCAUUAUUUUAAUUGUUCCUUUGUCUUCUGAAUGGAACAUUGGGCCUCAGAAUCACAUAUCCACUUCACUGUAUUCUCUGAAGUCUUUUUUAAAUUGUCUCAACGAGUACAUACAAACAUUCAUUUACUCCCCACACUAUCUACUUCAUACGACACUCGGACGUCCAACUCACCUUUCCCCAUUCGGGUUGCACUCGAGGACUUGUUGUGUGAUUUCACUCAACAGUCUCCUCAGUGUAUGUCUAAUCCAUCUCCAUUUUCUUCUGCAUACUUUUUGUGUGUUAACUUGUUGGUUGGUUUAGUAACAGGCAGAGUUUCUUGUUGCUUGUCCUUCUUCAUCGGUCAUCUUGUCUUCAGUAUUGAUCUGUUGGUGAAAGUCUGCAGUAGCCUAUUAGGAAUACUUUUCUUGAUGUCCUCUCCAAGUCUUUGAAGCAAACAGCAGCACUGACUUGAUAUAGGUGUAGAAAGUUUG